UGUUGAGUGGAGGCUGGCGGCGCGAUGACCCCCUCAUUCAUACACCAACUGUGGUUAUGAGAGGAGGGGGGCGACAGCAAGAUCCCAAUGAUAAGAUACGUUUGUGUUUUUAUGUGGAAAAGAUACCACACGUGACUGAAAAAAAAGAUUAACUGCUUCUGCGUUGUUAUCUACACCCAAGUGACUGUAGAAGCAGACAGCCUCCCUCAUCUGUGUGAUGGACUCAAACCUCCCACGCUGAUAAACUCGAAUGAUGUGCAGGAUUUUAAUUUUAUUUUCUGCGUAGAAACUAAGAAAUAGUGAACGGUGUUUAGAGACUUAGCCCUUGGAAUACCUAAAUAAAUUCGAACACGAACGACGAAAAAAGAAAGACUACUUUUCAUUAUUAAACAGAAAAGUUGUCAAGUGUGGGACUAAGACUUAGUGAACGGUGCUGAAAGACCCAGGCCCUUGAAGCAUCCUAGUACUUUAAAACUACAAUAGUGCAAGUUAGACAUGCGUAGAAGCAUAGUGUACGGAAUCUCUUGAACAUAAGCACUAUGGCUAGGACGGACUGACACCACAUAUUGAAAAAUGGCGACAGAAGGUGAGGUGGUGGUCCCUGGCGGUGUGCGGUGUAGCCUUUGAGGUGAGGGAGAAGCGAGCAUGUUCCAAGUAGUCAUGGACUCUAUGUUCCACCUGUACAACGCCUACAAGAACAUCAUGAACCUCACCAGUGACCAAGUUGGUGGGAGGACCACUAUGUCUCGGCCGGAGUCUGGGGUGAGAGAGGAUGCUUUGGAGAGUGGGCUUGAGGAGCUCAACCCACGGUCACUCCAGCGGCUGCACCAGGUCCUACAGGUGCAGCAGUGGGAGGAAAAGGAAGAGGAGGAAAGUCGCCACAACGAUAAUUCUUUGGACGAGGUGGGCGACAACGAAGAGGAGGUGGAACAACAACAGUGCGGGGCGCGCGUGUCUGAACCCCCAUCCCCCGUGGAGGAGGACCAAGGAGCGGGGGCGGCAGCGGUAGCAGAGGCGGAGUCUUCGGGUACAUCGCCAGUGUCAGAUCCUUCCUGGGAAACGGUGAAGGUUUGUCAAGACGUGCUGUUUCCUGAGCCGUGUGCCCCAACGCUCGCUAUGAAGACUGAUAAAACGAACACUGCGUCCCUCAGGGAGUUACAGAGCAGCGUGUCCUACGAGAGCGUGCAGCUGCCGGGGAGCAUCAUGGACGAGACGAGGGUCCUCACCUCUGCCGACGCCCUCCAGGCCAAGUACGAGAGGUACAACGACCCCUUCAUGAUCCGCAAGGACACGGACGAUCGUCAGGUGAGGAAGACGGUGGAGACCCUCUUCUUCCGGGACAACAAGCGGAGGAUCGACUAUGUGUUGGUGUACAGGGAGGAGGACGACCCGGCCAAGGUGGAGAUGCGGAAGGCCUUCGAGGAGAACCUGCUCGAGAAGGGCCUUGAGCUGGAGACCGAGGACAAGAACCAAUCCCAAGACGGCGAGACUUACUUUGUCAAGAUCCACGCCCCCUGGGAUCUGCUGGUGCGCUACGCUGAGAUUAUGAACCUGAAGAAGCCAAUUAAGAAAUUUAUUGUCAUACGCGGAGGUGAAGUUUGGAAGGAUGACAUGGAGAAGAAGAAGCGGGGUUUCUUCUCGUGGUUGGGCAUGAAGGAUCCCUUUCAGUACAACGAGGAUGUCAUCCCUCAGGAACCAACGUACUUCACCACGGGUUUCACCAGAUCCAUGACGGAACAGUCGCAUCUGGAGGACAUUCCCUGCUUCCGUCUGGUGUACACGCCGUCGGGGUCCAAGGGUGAGCUGACGGGCUUCCACAAGACCCUGGCCGAGAAAGGGUUCAUCAUCAAGGACCGAGAGUCGUUCUUCACGCCGUCCCAGAGGAGCCAGAUCGUAUGGGAGAUUCUUCUGAGGGUGCAUUACUCUGACGCUGAGCUAGAUACAUUCAAACUCCGGAGUGUGGGCGUCUCUCGGCUGCUCUCUACGAGCACUUACGAAGCUGCUUUCCCACUCCAUGAUGGCCGCCACGACAAGGAUGGUCCUGAUGGUUCUCUGUGUGACCGACGGCUGCUGUUCUUAGAGUGGGCGUACUACGGUAACUGGUACAAGAAACAACCUCUGCAUGUUAUACGGCGGUAUUUUGGGGAUAAAAUGGCUCUCUACUUUGCCUGGCUGGGCUUCUACACGGAAAUGCUCAUCCCAGCCUCCAUCCUCGGUGCCUUCACCUUUCUCUGUGGCCUCUUCAUCAUGUACUCAGACUUCAACAAGCCCAGUGAGGAGAUAUGUACCAACAAGACAGACUCCCUGAUUAUGUGUCCACUCUGUGACAAACUCUGUGACUUCUGGAAACUUGAAGACUCCUGCCUCAACUCCCGCAUCACCUUCCUCUUUGACAACCCUGCCACUGUCUUCUUUUCUAUUGCCAUGUCCUUCUGGGCUACGAUGUUCUUGGAGCUGUGGAAGCGGAAACAGGCAGUCAUUCAGUGGCAGUGGGACCUGGAUAACUAUGAAGAGGAAGAGGAACUGCGUCCAGAGUUUGAAGAGAAGGUCACCACAACAAGAAUUAACCCGGUCACUAAUAAGCCCGAGCCAUACCUGCCUUUAUUGAAUCAAAUCACCCGCUUAGUGGCUGCUAACUCCUUAGUUCUUUUGAUGCUGUUUGUAGUGAUGGCUGCAGUUUUCAGUGUGAUCCUGUAUCGCAUGGCUGUGAUUAUAGCCAUGUACCAAACCACUUCUGACCUCUUCAGGCGCAAUGCCAAGCUUGUCACGUCCAUGACUGCUGCUUGCCUCAACCUCAUGGUCAUCAUUAUACUCAACUUUUUCUAUGAGAAGUUGGUCGUGUGGUUGACAAACCUUGAGGUGCCAAGGACAGAGACAGAGUAUGAGGAUUCUUUCACCCUCAAGAUGUUUCUCUUCCAAUUCAUCAACUUCUAUUCCUCUCUCAUCUAUAUUGCCUUCUUCAAGGGUCGCUUCUUCUAUCACCCGGGAGACGCAGAUGCACGCACUAAUCUGCUGAUGAAACUGCGUUAUGAUAUGUGUGACCCAGCUGGUUGUCUCUUUGAAUUAUGUGUCCAGCUGGCCAUCAUCAUGGUUGGAAAACAGAUUUUCAGUAAUGUCCUUGAAAUCAUCUUCCCGAUAAUGCGUGUUUGGUGGAACAAACGGACAGGACACGACAACCAAAUGAGUGAAGCAUACACACGUUGGGAACAAGACUAUGACUUGGCCCCUUACACACGCCUCUCUCUCUUUAAUGAGUACCUCGAAAUGGUAAUCCAGUAUGGGUUUGUGACAUUAUUUGUGGCAGCGUUCCCUUUGGCACCAAUUUUUGCCUUGCUAAACAAUAUUGUGGAGAUCCGUCUUGAUGCAUACAAGUACCUGACAAAGUGCCGUAGACCUCGGUCAGAGAGGAUCCAAGACAUCGGUAUCUGGUUUGGUAUCCUGAAGGGCAUCACGUACUUCUCUGUAUUUACUAAUGCAUUGGUUAUUUCAUACACAAGUGACUUUAUUCCUCGGCUCGUCUAUAUGUAUGGCUACUCACCUGGGCGGAACACACUUGAGGGUUAUAUAGAAAAUACUCUCUCAGUGUUCAACACCUCUGAGUAUACUGAUGAAAUGGGGCCAGAAAACCGCACCGGCUGGCCAGAAACAUGCCGCUACAGAGCUUACCGUAAUGGUCCAAAUGACGAAAACCCGUAUGGCUUCAACCAGCAGUUUUGGCAUGUAUUCACUGCACGUCUGGCCUUCAUACUAAUUUUUGAGCAUGUGGUGUUUCUCCUCACUGGGGCAGUAGCAAUGGCUAUUCCUGAUGUACCUGUUGAAGUUAAAAACCAGAUGAUGAGAGAGAAAAAGGUUGAAAAGGAAACCCUAUUUAAAAAUGAAAUGCAGAAAAUGCAACAUGAAAGGCAUGUCCGUCAGGUGUUGUCGCCUGAUGACCACCUCAACAUAGAUCUCGGAGAAGGCCUUAUUACUCGAGCGAGUUCAAGGAACAACAGCCCUACUCCCUCAGCCUUCUUAAGGGACCAUAGAUCUUAGGAUAAUGCCUUUAGAUCUUAGGCUAAUUUCUUUUGUGUUUUAUAUUGAUGUAUUUUGAUGUUUGUACAUUUAUAGUAUCACCUUGUAAAUGAUAUUAA